AUGGCGGUCAGCGGUCAUCGGCCACCAGAUGGCUUCAACACAGCAUUCCCCUCGCCCGCUGCUGCUCCACCGCGAUCGUUCUCAAUCGAAGGGUUCCGUAUCACUACCCAGAAAUUGCCCAUCUUAAAGGCCGGACCUAUCGAAGAGAUGACAAAUAAGCUGGGAAUCGCUCCGCCGGAGAUGAUUUUUGGUGACAAUUUCGUGGCGAUUGAACAUGCGCCUUCGCACUGGGGGAUCAAAUUCGAUGCCUUUGGGGCGUUAGACCGAGUUGACAAGACCGGGGAGAGGCGGCUGAAGGUUGCCUAUUCCCGAGAAUGGCAACAGAGCAGAGAAGACACGCAUGACAUCAAAGAAGUCAUCAAACCAUUCGAUUGGUCCUAUACCACUGACUAUAAAGGUGAUCUUGCGCCUGGCAGCCCAAAAUUUCACGCCGCCACUGAAGCCAUCCCUUUCGAGCUCUUGAAGCGACCGGAUCCGAUUCUGUUCUUCGAUGACGUGAUCUUGUAUGAGGAUGAGCUUGCCGAUAAUGGCAUUGCAAUGCUUUCAUGCAAGAUCCGCGUCAUGCCUGCGCGAUUACUCCUCCUCUGCCGGUUCUUCAUGAGGCUGGACAAUGUGUUGGUCCGAGUACGUGAUACCAGGCUAUAUAUCGACUUUGGGAAGAAGGAGGCAAUCAGAGAAUAUAUCGCAAAGGAAGAAGCCUAUGAUAAGGUGCGCGAUGACUUGGCGAGCAGGAGAGAUGAUGUGACUGCUGUGUUACGAGAUGCCAAUCAAAUGGCGGAUAUCUUGCCUGUCGUUGAAAGAACUACUGAACGAGUCCAACUGGGGACGUGA